UCUGCCUCGGAUAGGUAAAUCAUCUACCCAGAUAUCUACCUUGGAGUCUAAAUUCAGCCACAUCGUGUGGACUGAGGGCAUGCGGAGACUGGCGAUGCUGGUGGGAAGGGCACUGGAAUUUGGUGAACCAGUGCUGCUGGUUGGAGACACUGGGUGUGGGAAAACUACAAUCUGUCAGAUGUUUGCAGCCUUGGCAAACCAGAAACUUUACUCGGUCAACUGCCACUUAAAUAUGGAGACAUCAGAUUUCCUGGGAGGAUUACGACCAGUGAGACAGAAGCCCAAUGACAAGGAAGAAAUGGACACAUCAGGACUUUUCGAGUGGCAUGAUGGACCUCUGGUUCUGGCUAUGAAAGAGAACAGCUUUUUCCUCUUGGAUGAGAUCUCACUGGCUGACGACUCUGUCCUGGAAAGACUCAACAGUGUUCUUGAAGUGGAAAAAUCUCUGGUGUUAGCUGAAAAAGGCAGUCCAGAAGACAAGGACAAGGAGGUAGAGCUGUUGACUGCUGGAAAAAAAUUCCGUAUCUUAGCAACUAUGAACCCUGGAGGUGACUUUGGGAAAAAAGAGCUGUCUCCUGCCUUAAGAAACCGAUUUACGGAAAUAUGGUGCCCUCAAUGUACAAAGCGUGAAGAUUUAAUUAAAAUAAUAAAUCGUAAUCUCCGCCCAGGAUUGUCUCUGGGCAGAAUAGAUCGUAAAGGAGCGGACAUAGCUGAGGUGAUAAUGGAUUUUAUUGACUGGCUGACCCACCAGGAGUUUGGCCGAAAGUGUGUCGUCAGUAUCAGAGAUAUCCUGUCUUGGGUUAACUUCAUGAACACCAUGGGGGAAGAUGCUGCUAUGAAAAGGCUAGAGUCCAUUUCCACUGUGACCUCUUUUGUUCAUGCUGCAUGCCUGGUGUACAUAGAUGGAAUAGGCUCAGGGAUAACUUCCUCUGGGUUUGGCACAGCCCUCUUGGCUCGAGAAGAAUGUCUGAAAUUCCUAAUAAAGAAACUUUCCAAGAUAGUCCAACUUACAGAAUGUCAGAAAAAAGAAUUGAAGAUUUAUGAUAGACUCAAGGCUAAAGAAUUCACUGGGAUAGAUAACCUUUGGGGAAUUCAUCCAUUUUUUAUACCAAGAGGACCUGUCCUGCCCAGGAAUAAUAUUGCCGACUAUGCACUCAGUGCAGGCACCACAGCUCUAAAUGCCCAGAGGCUCUUAAGAGCUACCAAACUGAACAAACCCAUUCUCUUGGAGGGCUCCCCCGGUGUUGGCAAGACGAGUUUGGUGGGAGCAUUAGCAAAGGCUUCAGGAAAUACCCUUGUUCGAAUCAACCUGUCAGAGCAGACGGACAUCACUGACCUGUUUGGAGCAGAUCUACCAGUUGAGGGCGGCAAGGGAGGAGAGUUUGCUUGGCGUGAUGGCCCCUUGCUGGUAGCUUUGAAGGCAGGCCAUUGGGUUGUGCUAGAUGAGCUUAACCUGGCUUCUCAGUCUGUACUCGAAGGACUUAAUGCUUGUUUUGACCACCGAGGAGAAAUUUUCGUGCCUGAAUUAGGAAUGAGCUUUCAAGUACAGCAUGAAAAGACGAAGAUUUUUGGGUGUCAAAAUCCUUUUAGACAAGGAGGCGGGAGGAAGGGCUUGCCCAGGUCUUUCCUUAACAGAUUCACUCAGGUCUUUGUGGAUCCCCUUACAGUAAUUGACAUGGAAUUCAUUGCUAGUACUUUGUUCCCAGCCAUCGACAAAAAUAUUGUUAAGAAAAUGGUGGCUUUCAAUAACCAUAUUGAUCAUGAAGUGACUGUUGAGAAGAAAUGGGGGCAAAAAGGAGGACCCUGGGAAUUUAACCUCCGAGACCUUUUCCGCUGGUGUCAGUUGAUGUUGGUUGACCAGUCCCCUGGCUGUUAUGAUCCUGGUCAGCAUGUCUUUUUGGUCUAUGGUGAAAGAAUGAGAGCCAGGGAAGACAAAGAAAGGGUCAUUGCUAUAUUCAAGGAUGUGUUUGAUUCAAGUUCCAAUCCUUACGUGGGAACCAGACUAUUUCAUAUCUCUCCCUACGAUGUUCAGCUUGGCUAUUCAGUCCUUUCUCGAGGCAGUUAUGUUCCUCAUCCAUCCCGCCGCCCCUUGUCACUCCUGCACCAGUCAUUCCAGUCUCUGGAGUCCAUCAUGAAAUGUGUGCAGAUGAGCUGGAUGGUCAUCCUUGUGGGGCCAGCCUCUGUGGGCAAGACUAGCUUGGUCCAGCUUCUGGCACACCUUACUGGACACACAUUAAAGAUCAUGGCUAUGAACAGUGCAAUGGAUACUACUGAGCUUCUAGGUGGAUUUGAGCAGGUUGAUCUUAUACGACCUUGGAGACAGCUGCUAGAGAGGGUGGAGAGGACUGUGAGAACACUGCUGAGGGAUAGCCUCCUUGUCUGUGCUGAAGACGCAGAAGUAGUGCUGCGGGCCUGGAGCCAUUUCCUUCUGACACAUAAGCCCAGGUGUCUUGGGGAAGAUGGCAGUGGGGUCACUAUGGAUAUUGUCAGUAAAUUGGAAGCAGUAUUGCUGCUUAUGCAGCGACUCAAUAAUAAAAUCAACUCAUACUCCAAGGCAGAGUUUGCCCAACUCGUGGAAGAUUUCCAGAGUUUUGGGGUGAAGCUUAUGCAGUCAGCCAGUGGCCACAGCCAUGGCACAUUUGAAUGGGUUGACAGCAUGUUAGUUCAAGCCUUGAAGUGUGGAGAUUGGCUUCUGAUGGACAAUGUUAACUUCUGCAAGUAAGAACCUUACACCCCAUCGCUAGUGAGCCUGAUUGAAACUUGGAAUUUAAUCUGUCGUUUUUUUUAACUUGUAGUACAUCAUCAACCACAUUCUAUAGUUUUACUCUGUUUUGAACAGUGGCAGUUGGUCAUUAGCUGAUGGGAAGGCUAACAGAAUUGCAAAAUUAUCUUUUGAGUUAGGCCUUUUUUAUUUGACAUCAAAAAUCUUUUUCCUUUGGUGGUGGUGGUACUGAACUUGGGGUUGCGUUUAUGGUCUU